AUGCUUAAUCUUAAAAAAAAAAAUAGUUUAGGCAACUUAGAGACUAAUACGCCGACCCCCGUCCUCUCCCCGUUAUACGCCGACCCCCGUCCUCUCCCCGUUAUACGCCGACCCCCGUCCUCUCCCCAGUAUACGCCGACCCUGUCCUCCCCACCUACAUUGCUAAAUCUCAAUAAUCCCUUUUUUUCUCUCUCUUGUGGCCAGAUCCCUUUUUUUCUCUCUCUUGUGGCCAGAUCCCCUUUUUUCUCUCUCUUGUGGUCAGAUCCUCUUUCUUUGACAUUUUAUAUUUUUAUUAAUCAUAUCUAUCUCUGUCUCUCUCUAUCUCUGUCUCUCUCUAUCUCUGUCUCUCUCUAUCUCUGUCUCUCUCUAUCUCUGUCUCUCUCUAUCUAUCUGUCUCUCUAUCUAUCUAUCUCUCUAUCUAUCUAUCUCUCAUCUAUCUAUCUCUAUCUAUCUAUCUCCAUCUAUCUAUCCAUCUAUCUAUCUAUCUAUCAUCCAUCCAUCUAUCUAUCCAUCUAUCCAUCUAUCUAUCUAUCUGUCUCUCUCUCUCUCUCCAUCUGUCUCUCCAUCUAUCUAUCCAUCUCUCCAUCUCCUCCAUCCAUCCUCCUCAUCCAUCCCUCUCCAUCUCUCCUAUCUAUCCCCCCUCUCCCCAUCCAUCUCCCCAUCCAUCUCUCCCCAUCCAUCUCUCAUCCCCCAUCUAUCCCCAUCCCCAUCCUCAUCCAUCUAUCCAUCCCAUCUAUCCAUCCCCAUCAUCCAUCCCCAUCCAUCCAUCCCCAUCCAUCCAUCCCCAUCCAUCCAUCCCCAUCCAUCCAUCUCCAUCCAUCCCCAUCCAUCCAUCAUCCAUCUAUCAUCUAUCCAUCAUCCAUCCAUCCAUCAUCCAUCCCUAUCCAUCCAUCCCCAUCCAUCUAUCCCAUCUAUCCAUCCCCAUCCAUCCAUCCCCAUCCAUCCAUCCCCAUCCAUCUAUCUCAUCCAUCUAUCUCUAUCUAUCUAUCUAUCCAUCCAUCUAUCUAUCUAUCUCUAUCUAUCUAUCUCUAUCUAUCUAUCUAUCUAUCUAUCUCAUCUAUCUAUCUCUAUCUAUCUAUCUCAUCUAUCUAUCUCUAUCUAUCUAUCUCCCAUCUAUCUAUCCCCAUCUAUCUAUCCCCAUCCAUCCAUCUCUAUCCAUCCAUCCAUCUCAUCUAUCUAUCUCCAUCUAUCCAUCUCAUCCAUCUAUCUAUCCAUCUCCCAUCUAUCUAUCCCCAUCUAUCUAUCUCUAUCUAUCUAUCUCUAUCUAUCUAUCUCUAUCUAUCUAUCUCUAUCUAUCUAUCUAUCUCUAUCUAUCUAUCUAUCUAUCUCUAUCUAUCUAUCUAUCUAUCUCUAUCUAUCUAUCUAUCUCUAUCUCUAUCUAUCUAUCUCUAUCUAUCUAUCUAUCUAUCUAUCUCUAUCUAUAGUUUCAAUUUUUUUCUUUUUUUUUUUUUUUUUUUUCUCUUUAUAGUUUUUUCUCUUUAUAGUUUUUUUCUUUUUUUUUUGCUUUUUUCUCUUUAUAGUUUUUUCUUUCUUUUUUUUUUUUUUUUUUUUUGCUUUUUUCUCUUUAUACUGGAAACUUUUAAUAUUGAAACCCCAUACCAAACGACAAAUGAACUCAGUUCUGGAAUUGCCAUGGCACAAGUCCUGAAUCAAAUAGAUCCUAAAUUCUUUAAUGAGCGAUGGCUUUCUUCAAUGUAUCAAGAUCCAGGAAACAAUCGAAAGCAACGGGUUACAAAUUUGCAACGGAUUCUCAACAGAAUCCAAGAAUUUUUUGCCAGUUUGUCAUCAUUGCGCAACAAAGGGUUUCCGCUUCCUGAUAUCAAUGCCAUUGCGGAGACGAGCAGCAUGAAAGAUUUGGUUCGUUUCCUGCAGCUUAUUCUGGUGUGUGCAGUUUAUUGUGAAGAAAACACUCACAUUCACCAAAUCAUGGCAAUGGAAGAGUCAGUGCAACAAGUUGUGAUGCAGUUAUUAAAAGAGGUUGUUGGCGAAGAUGGAACAACAAAUAUGAGUGAUAGCUUUUCUGGAAUUGCAGAUACUUUUGAUCAUGAUGACCCAAUUGAGAGUACUGAUAUGAGUCGUGCAGGAGACCAGCCUGACUCGUCUGGUGUAUCCACAAGUAGCACACAGGACACUGAGCAAUCCGAUGUAGAAAAUGAUGAGACAAAGAAACAACAGAAAAACUUGCGAAGAACAGUUGAUGAGCUUCGUAGUGUCAAGGAUGUUAAUGAAGAAUUGACCAAACGUUGUCAUUUUCUUGAUGAACAGACUCCUUUUUUCCUUUUCUCUUUUUUCUCUCUUCUUCUUUUUUUUUUCUCUCUUCUUCUUUUUUUUUCUCUCUUCUUUUUUUCUCUCUUCUUUUUUUUUCUCUCUUCUUCUUUUUUUUUCUCUCUUCUUCUUUUUUUUUCUCUCUUCUUCUUUUUUUUUCUCUCUUCUUCUUUUUUUUUCUCUUCUUCUUUUUUUUCUCUCUUCUUUUUUUUCUCUCUUCUUUUUUUUUCUCUCUUCUUUUUUUUUCUCUCUUCUUUUUUUUUCUCUCUUCUUUUUUUCUCUUCUUUUUUCUCUCUUCUUUUUUUUCUCUCUUCUUUUUUCUCUCUUCUCUUUUUCUCUCUUCUCUUUUUUUCUCUCUUUCUCUCUUUUUUCUCUCUUCUCUUUUUCUCUCUCUUCUCUUUUUCUCUCUUCUCUUUUCUCUCUUCUCUUUUUCUCUCUUCUCUUUUUCUCUCUUCUCUUUUCUCUCUUCUCUUUUCUCUCUUCUCUUUUUCUCUCUUCUCUUUUUCUCUCUUCUCUUUUUCUCUCUUCUCUUUUUCUCUCUUCUCUUUUUCUCUCUUCUCUUUUCUCUCUUCUCUUUUUCUCUCUUCUCUUUUUCUCUCUUCUCUUUUUCUCUCUUUCUCUUUUUCUCUCUUCUCUUUUCUUCUCUUUUUCUCUCUUCUUUUUUCUCUCUUCUCUUUUUUCUCUCUUCUUUUUUUUCUCUCUUCUUUUUUUUUCUCUCUUCUUUUUUUUCUCUCUUCUUUUUUUUUCUCUCUUCUCUUUUUCUCUCUUCUCUUUUUCUCUCUUCUCUUUUUCUCUCUUUUCUCUUUUCUCUCUUCUCUUUUCUCUCUUCUCUUUUUCUCUCUUCUCUUUUUUCUCUCUUCUCUUUUUCUCUCUUCUCUUUUUCUCUCUUCUCUUUUUUUCUCUCUUCUCUUUUUCUCUCUUCUCUUUUUUCUCUCUUCUCUUUUUUCUCUCUUCUCUUUUUUCUCUCUUCUCUUUUUUCUCUCUUCUCUUUUUUCUCUCUUCUCUUUUUUCUCUCUUCUCUUUUUCUCUCUUCUCUUUUUUCUCUUCUCUUUUUCUCUCUUCUCUUCUUCUCUCUUCUCUUUUUCUCUCUUCUCUUUUUCUCUCUUCUCUUUUUUCUCUCUUCUCUUUUUUCUCUCUUCUCUUUUUUCUCUCUUCUCUUUUUUCUCUCUUCUCUUUUUUCUCUCUUCUCUUUUCUCCCCUUUAUCCUCCCUCUUUCUCAUGGCUUCUUUACAAGAUGAAAAAUUAAGUUUAUCUUCUGAAGUUGACCGACUGACUGAACGUUUAAACCAAGCAGAAAACCUUGAUGACCCUGGAACUCCUGCAGGAAGGCGUUAUCAUCAAUUACAGCGCCAGAUAGAGCGAUUACAAGAAGAAGUGUUAAAGUUGGAGUCAGGCAUGCAUUCUUCUUUCUUCGCCCUCACUUUUAUUUCUCUUUUUCCACCCUCACUUUUAUUUCUCUUUUUCCACCCCUCACUUUUAUUUCUCUUUUUCCACCCUCACUUUUAUUUUCUUUUUUCCACCCUCACUUUUAUUUCUCUUUUUCCUCCCCCUUUUACUCUUUUUUUAUUUCUUUCUUUUUCCACCCUCACUUUUAUUUCUCUUUUUCCACCCUCACUUUUAUUUCUCUUUUUCCACCCUCACUUUUAUUUCUCUUUUUCCACCCUCACUUUUAUUUCUCUUUUUCCACCCUCACUUUUAUUUCUCUUUUCCACCCCUCACUUUUAUUUCUCUUUUUCCACCCUCACUUUUUUUAUUUCUUUUUUCCACCCUCACUUUUAUUUCUCUUUUUCCACCCUCACUUUUAUUUCUCUUUUUCCACCCUCACUUUUUAUUUCUCUUUUUCCACCCUCACUUUUAUUUUCUUUUUCCACCCUCACUUUUAUUUUCUUUUUCCACCCUCACUUUUAUUUUCUUUUUCCACCCUCACUUUUAUUUCUCUUUUUCCACCCUCUUUUUAUUUCUUUUUCCACCCUCACUUUUAUUUCUCUUUUCCACCCUCACUUUUAUUUCUCUUUUCCACCCUCACUUUUAUUUCUUUUACUUUUAUUUCUCUUUUCCACCCUCACUUUUAUUUCUCUUUUUCCACCCUCACUUUUAUUUCUCUUUUUCCACCCUCACUUUUAUUUCUCUUUUUCCACCCUCACUUUUAUUUCUCUUUUUCCACCCUCACUUUUAUUUCUCUUUUUCCACCCUCACUUUUAUUUCUCUUUUUCCACCCUCACUUUUAUUUCUCUUUUUCCACCCUCACUUUUAUUUUCUCUUUUUCCACCCUCACUUUUAUUUCUCUUUUUCCACCCCUAUUUUUUAUUUCUCUUUUUCCACCCUCACUUUUAUUUCUCUUUUCCACCCUCACUUUUAUUUCUCUUUUUCCACCCUCACUUUUAUUUCUCUUUUCCACCCUCUUUUUAUUUCUCUUUUUCCACCCUCACUUUUUAUUUCUCUUUUUCCACCCUCACUUUUAUUUCUCUUUUUCCACCCUCACUUUUAUUUCUCUUUUCCACCCUCUUUUAUUUCUCUUUUUCCACCCUCACUUUUUUAUUUCUCUUUUCCACCCUCACUUUUAUUUCUCUUUUCCACCCUCACUUUUAUUUCUCUUUUCCACCCUCACUUUUAUUUCUCUUUUUCCACCCUCACUUUUAUUUCUCUUUUUCCACCCUCACUUUUAUUUCUCUUUUUCCACCCUCACUUUUAUUUCUCUUUUUCCACCCUCACUUUUAUUUCUCUUUUCCCCCUGCCCAUUCCCCAUGGAUUGAUAAACUACCUUGUCUCUGCCUUUUCCUCAUCACUCCUAACAAGAGUUCAAAUCUUGCUGCCCGCGAUAACUACAUUGCCAGACUUGACAUAAUGACUGAAGAGUUCAGGGAUUUACAACAGAAAAACAUAGAACUUAACCAACAAGCUGAGGAAGCAAGAGCAUUAAAAGAUGAAGUUGAUGAACUACGCUAUUUGGCAUCUCAACAGGCUCGGAAUGAAACUUUAAUCCAGUCAUAUAAAAAGAAACUUGAGGAAAUGGGAGAAUUACGAAAUAAAUUGAAUGAACUUCAUGAAAGCAACAAUAAACACAUUGAAGAAAAAUUUGGAUUGGAAACAGAACUUCGAAAAGCUUCACAGCAAAAAGCCCAACUUGAUUUAAUGGUGAGCCAAGUGACGAAGCUUGAGAAUGAUCUUGCUUAUCAAAUGCAGAGGGCGGAUAAGAAUGAAGUUGAUUUUAAAAUGGCAAGAAGUAAAUUGACAAACUUACAGAAAGAAAAAGAGAAACUUGAAAAUGAGCGUGACGCCAUGAAGGAAGUGAUUGAAGAAGACCAAGAAAGUCGUUGUGCAUUUCAGCCAAUGACCAGCCUGGAAUGCCAAGAGAAACUAGUGGGCUCCUUAUUCACAGAAACAGAAAUGUUGUCUAUUCCAUUAAAUAUAAAGGAAAGAUUGAUGCGAAUUGCCAUUGAAAAUAAAGAAUUAAAAGAAUCCCAAUCAGGGAUGGCAGAUGAACAGACAGAAAUGCUGCGUAAAAUGUUGGAUGAUAGCAACUCUAAACGUAAUGAAUUAGAAGCAGACCUCCGAGUGAUAAACCAAAAAAAACUGGAGCUUCAAGCUCAGCUUGAUGAACUGCAGGCUUCACAGACAUCAGCAGAUAUGACCACAACAGAACUAACUGAACUGAAAAAGACAGCAGCUGAGCAGAAACGUCGUCUGCAGAGUUUGGAGUCUGAACUGGCUGAGAGAAAGCAACAGAUUGAAGAAAUGGAACGCCAGCGAUCCAGUGAUGCUGACCAAAUCCAUCGGUUGCAGGAUCAACUGAACAAGAAGGAUGAUGAGUUAAAGAAAAUGGAAGAGACCUACAGACGUUAUUUGCAGAAAGCCAAAGCAAUAUUCAAGUCUUUGGAUCUAAAACAGAAUGCUGCAUCUGGUCCUGAAAUCCAAGCUCUUCGGAAUCAAUUGGAUGAAAAACAGAAGCUUAUUGAUCAUCUUGAGAGAGAUCAAGAAAAGACCAAAAGUAUUCGGGAAGAAGAAGAAAAACUUAUCAUCACAGCCUGGUACAACCUGAGUCGACAAUUGCACCGUCGAGCAGUAGAUGAACGUUUAUCCAAUAAUAGUUCUGGACAGUCAUUCCUUACCAAACAACGACAAGUUCACAGUCGGAGGACGGAAAACACAGAGAAUGGUUCGGGACUGGGCACAAAUAUUACCAAUCACCUUCGGACUCAUACACACAUCUAUCUAUCUAUCUAUCUAUCUAUCUAUCUAUCUAUCUAUCUUAUUCUCUCCGCCGAAGGGUUUUCUGUAUCCUUUUUAUGGAGAUUUUCAUUAGUUCUUCUUUUCCGAUUGAAAUCAUUUCUUUUUCUCUGA